AUGCAUCCAGGGUAUAAUUCUAAAAUUAUAGUAAAUGACGUUGUAGUUGUAAGAUUAAAAAAAACUGUCAAAGAAUUAUCUACUGACCGUUAUAUCGAACUAGCUGAGAAAACACCAAAGAUCGGAACAAAAGCUGUUGUAACAAGUUGGGGUGUUGAAUAUUAUUUGAGUUGUAUAAUUACAUCUAAAAUUUUGCCAAAAAUUGAAGUUGAUAUUGUUGAUAAAAAGGAUUAUAGUAUAAAGUAUAAGUACGGGUCUGAAAUUAAAGACACUAUGGUGUGUGCAUAUGAGGUUACAAAGGAUGUCUGCCAAGGGGAUUAG